GUCGGCUCAGUUACGUCAGAAAAACAGCAACAGUCAGAGUUGUGAAGCUGCAAAAGUACUCUUAACAUCCUGUUUUAGUGCGCCAUGAAGCCGACGAGACUGCUUCUACUUCUCUGUCUGAUCGGACCUGUGUUUGCCAUAGAAGCUCCUGAUGUGGAUUGCUUGGUUAUCAAUUUGAAAUAUGUUUCCUGUACCUGGAAUAAGAAGGAGACACCAAAGGUCAACUACACCUUCUAUAGUAGUUUCUUCAAUAAGGAAAAAAAAAGCUGCCCACAGUAUUUGACAGAGAACAACAUGAACAUUGGCUGUAUCCAGCCAUGUGAGUCUGGCGACAGAUUCCUGACUUUUAACACCAUGCUGGUACAUGGCAAUGAUAGCUUUAAGGAGACACAUGGACUUAAAAACCGAGUCAAGUUAAAUCCACCAACCAACCUGACUGUUCUCAAUGGAUCAGACUUUAACUUGUGGUUUUACUGGAACCACACUUCUCCCGCUCGUCUACACUGUGUGGAGAGUGAGGUCCGCUUCAGGACAAACAACAAUAAGUGGGAGUUCUCUAAAGUUAGCGCCGGGAUACAGAAAUACUGCAUCAACUCGCCCUCGGGCAGUUCCCGAUAUGAGCUGCAAGUGCGGAACAGAAUAGAUGAAGGCUGUGGAUCGUCUGAUUUCUGGAGUGACUGGAGUGAACCUGUGUUCUGGGGAUCCAACAACAGCACAGACUCUGACUCAGUGCCUGGGUGGAUGACAUUCCUCUAUGUGGUGGGUGCCAUCACCCUCAUGCUGCUGGUGGUGAUGUUACUGCAACGUGAAAGGCUCAAAAUCAUCCUGAUCCCUGCAGUUCCCAAACCAUCCCCGAUUCUUCAUGACAUUGAGGACUGGUUUCAGCUCUCCAGAGGUCUGAAAGAGAAUUUUAAAGCAAGCUACAAUGAGCAGGUCUGCCCUGUGCGUGAGUACAACUACAUCUCUCAGUCUGACAGCAUGAACUCCACCUCCUCUGUCAGCACCGACCAAACCGACUGCUCUGUGUCCAUCGAUGUGAACGAUCCAGAAGAUCUGUACGUCCCCUUGUCCUCUUCCAGCUCCCAAGUUCCAUCUGAGGAGGUGCAGCAGGUUUCUGACUAAGCAGGUCGUGAACCAGGGUUAGGUUUGCCUGAACCAAACUAUCGGGACUUUGUUACACUGAUACAUCUCCUGCUUGAUGACAGUGAUUAUUAGAAGGGUUUACAACAGUUCCCAGUGAGAAGAACCCCAAUAUUUGCUGGAGGUAUUUAAUCAGUUACACCCAAGCUUAGCCUUUUAAAUAAAACCUCAGAAUCCUUCAAAAAGCAGCUGAAGACAUUUUUAUACAAACGGGCUUUUAAUUAAUUUUAACUUGUAUGUCUGAUCUUAUUGUGAAGCACUUUGUGAUUUUUAUCUGUGAAAUGUGCUAUAUAAAUAAAUUUUUACUUAGAAUACAGAUUUUAGUUUAAUAAACUUGACUUUAAUAUCUCUUUGAAAUCUUCAACCUCACAGAUACAUAGUACUCCAUCUUAAUAAAAGGCUUUUCCUUUUUGUUAAGACAGGUGGUAUAAAGUGCUGGCAAAGUUACUCUUGAAAACAUACUUUAGAUGAUAUGCAUUCUAUUAAUCAGGGUGCAGCGAUCAGCUCUCUGCAUAUCAAAAAUCAAACUGAUGUUUUCACUACUGCCCAAGAAGAACACAAAUUGUGAAACAUGCUUCCUUUUGAUGUAUUUCAGUGAUUGUAACUGCAGCUCCAUCUACUGUUAAUCAUUUCCAUUAUUUUUAUUUUUUAUAUUUUUACAUAAGGUCUUGGAAAACCUUUUAGCUCAUUCGCGAGCGCUUAUUUAAGUUGUUGUAUAUUAUUGCAUUGUAUUUAUUGACUUUUAAUGUGUUAGGUUGGAAAAUAAAUCCCAUUAUUUUGGCUA